CAUCGAGGACGCCUCGGGCCUAUGAGGAGCGGCCCCGUGCACCGGAAGGGGCGUGGCCCUGGGCCGGAAGCGGCGCCCCCCUUGCUCUCCGUUGCCCGCCUGUUCGCGGCCCGGCUCGCCUCGUCCUCGCUCUCCGUCCGUCGCGUGGCCCGCCUCGCCUCCCGCCUGCCAUGUCGCCGGUGCGGGCCGUGCUGGCGCUACUGGCCGCGCUCUGGGCCCCGGCGGCCGGCUACUUCGUCAGCAUCGACGCGCACGCCGAGGAGUGCUUCCUCGAGCGGGUCCCCUCCGGCACCAAGAUGGGGCUCAUCUUCGAGGUGGCCGAGGGAGGCUUCCUCGACAUCGACGUCGAGAUCACAGGCCCCGAUAACAAGGGCAUUCACAAAGGCGACAGAGAAUCCAGUGGGAAAUACACCUUCGCGGCUCACAUGGACGGGACGUAUAAGUUCUGCUUCAGCAACAAAAUGUCCACCAUGACUCCAAAGAUCGUGAUGUUCACCAUCGACAUUGGGGAAGCUCCUAAGGGACAGGACAUGGAGACAGAAGCUCACCAGAACAAGCUAGAAGAGAUGAUUAACGAAUUAGCGGUGGCCAUGACAGCCGUCAAGCACGAACAGGAAUACAUGGAAGUUCGCGAAAGAGUACAUCGAGCGAGUAAGUAACCUCGGCGUGCGGUUCUG